AUGAGCGAAUCAGAGGCAUCCGAGACCGGGGGCAAAAUAUACACGUUUGGCUCCUAUCGUUUGGGCGUCCAUGCGAAAGGCGCCGACAUUGACACCCUGUGUAUUGUCCCAAUACACGUGUCAAGACAGGAUUUCUUUGGGCCCUUUUUUGAAGAGCUCAAGGGCAUGAACGAUGUGACCGAGAUCACUCGAGUUCCCGAAGCCUACGUUCCAAUUAUGAAGCUAAUUUUUGAUGGCAUUUCUGUAUGGUCAUUUGAUUUGAUUGACCUGUUGUUUUGUAGAUUACAUCUUGAAGCGAUUCCAGAUAAUUUAAACUUGCUCAACAAUUCUCUUUUGAAAAAUCUAGAUGAGAAAUGCACAUUGAGCAUUAACGGCUCUCGAACGACAGAUGAAAUAUUGAGUCUGGUCCCAAAUGUGCCUACCUUUCAUACUGCUCUUCGGUGCGUAAAGUUUUGGGCUCAACGUAUGCAGAGAACCGUCAUAACUUUAGGUCGGUCUCUUUACAGCAACGUGAUGGGGUAUGUUGGCGGUGUGGCUUGCGCAAUUCUUGUGGCAAGAAUAUGCCAACUUUAUCCAAACUCUUCUGCAUUCAGGGUUGUUUCUAGGUUUUUUGCCAUUUAUUAUUCCUGGAAGUGGCCGCAGCCGAUUAUGUUAAAACAUAUCGAGGAUUACCACUUGAACAUGAGGGUCUGGAACCCAAGGGUAAAUCCAUCUGAUCGCAACCAUCGAAUGCCAAUAAUAACUCCAGCAUAUCCUUCCAUGUGCUCCACACACAACGUUAGCAACUCUACGCUAAGAGUGAUGAUUGCGGAGCUAGAAAGAGGCGCAAAAAUUUGCAUCGAAAUCGAGAAUGGCCACGCAACGUGGGCAGACCUAUUUGCACCCUCCGAUUUCUUUGCUCGCUUUCGGCAUUUUAUCCAAAUCGUCGGGGUAUGUAAAGACCAGGAAAAAUUCAAAAUGUGGAGCGGAUUUGUGGAGUCCAAAAUCCGCUUACUUGUUCUCAAAUUGGAGCAAGUGAUGGCGCUUGUUUCUGCACCUCCUUAUCCCGAGGGUUUUGAGAAGACGCUUUAUCUACAGCCAGACGAACAUGUUUUUAAAUAUCUGCAAUAUUUGCCUCAACCCGAUCAACAGGAUGUCAAUAAAGAAACAACCACGGAGCCUACCUUUACUAUCUCCUUUUAUAUAGCAUUAGAGAUCCAACCCCCAAAUGGUAUGCCAUUUGAUGACGUCGGAUCAAGAAAACUCAAUCUUUCCAUCCCCGUUGCGGAGUUCCAGAGGCUCUGUCUUGGUUGGGAUAAAUAUGACUCCGAAAUGAAGUUGUACAUUCGCGAAAUUAAAAGGUUCCCCCUUGCCCUCCUAAUAUGCUAA